GGUUGUAGAGUGUGGCAACGAGCGCCCGCUGAUCGGCCUCUCACUCUCUAGGCUUAGGCCGCCGCCUCCAGCUAGUCCCGCCUUCUCCUGGCACUUUGCUCCCAUCCCCCCACGAAUGGACGGUCCAGGAAAAGGCCCCGUUGUGAUUGGAGAGAGUGGGUUUACCUCUCACCUCCUCACGAGCUUGCCGGCUUCCGCCCCGCCUCCUCCCCUCCGCUCUCCGAAGGGCGGGUGGCCUCCUCCUCAGAGGGGCGGUUCCACGGUUGGUGUUUUCGAGCCUGCUUUGGCUUGGUAACUCCGCUUCAGCCUGUCGUCGACUGCGGUAGGGCCUCGAACUUUAAGGUGGAAGAUGUCCGGAAAUAACUUGGCAGAGGGCAGCAACCCAAGCGAGGCGCAGAUGUCCGGUGCGGAAGUCAUCGCCCAGUCCCUGAAAACACAGGACGUGAACUACAUGUUUGGCAUCGUAGGCAUUCCAGUGACUGAAAUUGCCCUUGCCACCCAGAAACUGGGCAUCAGAUACGUCGGGAUGAGGAAUGAGCAGGCUGCUUGCUAUGCUGCCUCUGCAGUUGGAUAUCUGACAGGCAGGCCAGGAGUUUGCCUUGUCGUUUCUGGUCCAGGUCUCAUCCAUGCCUUGGGUGGUAUGGCAAAUGCAAACAUGAACUGUUGGCCCUUGAUUGUGAUUGGUGGUUCCUCUGAAAGAAGUCAGGAAACAAUGGGAGCCUUCCAGGAGUUUCCUCAGGUUGAAGCUUGUAGAUUAUAUAGCAAGUUCUCUGCCCGGCCAGAUAGCAUAGAAGCUAUUCCCUCUGUUAUUGAAAAGGCAGUGAGAAGCAGUAUUUAUGGCCGUCCAGGUGCUUGCUAUGUUGACAUACCUGCAGACUUUGUGAACCUCCAGGUGAAUGUGAAUUCUAUAAAGUAUAUGGAGUGCUGCUUGCCUCCUCCUAUAUGUAUGGCAGAAACCUCUGCAGUAUAUGUGGCAGCAUCUCUUCUUAGGAAUGCCAAACAGCCCCUUCUUAUCAUCGGGAAAGGUGCUGCUUAUGCCCAUGCAGAGCACAGUAUCAGAAAACUGGUGGAGCAAUGCAAAUUACCAUUUUUGCCCACCCCCAUGGGAAAGGGUGUUAUCCCUGACAACCAUCCAAACUGUGUAGGUGCUGCCAGAUCCAGGGCUUUGCAACUUGCUGAUGUAAUUGUGUUAUUUGGUGCCAGAUUAAAUUGGAUUUUGCAUUUUGGACUGCCUCCAAGAUACCAGCCAGAUGUGAAGUUUAUCCAGGUUGAUAUCUGUGCAGAAGAGUUAGGGAAUAAUGUAAGGCCUGCUGUGGCCUUGCUUGGAGACAUAAAUGCUGUCACUCAACAGCUUUUGGAACAAUUUGAUAAAAUACCAUGGCAGUAUCCUCCUGAAAGCAAGUGGUGGAAAAUUCUGAGAGAAAAAAUGAAGAGCAAUGAAGCUGCAUCCAAGGAAUUAGCUUCCCAAAAAUCCCUGCCAAUGAAUUAUUACACAGUAUUCUACCAUGUUCAAGAACAGCUACCCAGAGAUUGUUUUGUGGUGAGUGAAGGAGCAAAUACUAUGGAUAUUGGGCGCACUGUGCUUCAGAACUGCCUUCCUCGCCACAGGCUUGAUGCUGGUACCUUUGGAACAAUGGGAGUCGGUUUGGGAUUUGCCAUUGCAGCUGCUGUAGUUGCUAAAGAUAGAAACCCAGGGCAGCGGGUCAUUUGUGUGGAAGGAGACAGUGCAUUUGGGUUCUCUGGCAUGGAAGUGGAAACCAUCUGCAGGUACAACUUGCCAAUCGUACUUUUGGUGGUGAAUAAUAAUGGAAUUUACCAAGGACUUGAUAUAGAUACUUGGAAGGAUAUGUUAAAAUCUGGAGAUGCUACCACAGUGAUUUUCACUGGCUGACCCGCUCUAAAAUAUGAAUAAAGAUGCCAAUGAGUGACUUGAAGAAUUUUCUCUUUCCUGCGAGAUGGAAUUUUAUUUUCCAUAGCAAAAUUACAAUAAUGAUGUACAAAGAAAAAUAAAAAAUUCUAAACAACAUUUUAUAGUGCAGGAAUUGAUUAAAAACAUAAAAAGUUACCAGUAUUCUACCACAGAAAUAACCAUAUACACAGGAAAGAUGGGCUUUAUUCAAUGGCAUUGUAGUCACCUAACGGCUGAGUUACACAUCAGUAUUUUUUAAGUAAAUCCUCUCUUAAAGUCACAUAUCUUCUAAAAGCAUCUUCCAAAGGAAAGAACUUCAAGGACUAUGUAAUGUAGAGGCAUGUUCAUUAAGUUGGAGUACUUAGACUUACUUCAUAGUUUAUCCAUUGACUAUUUACUACCUGAGUCUACCUAGUAUUGAAUGGGGCUUGUUCUAUACUUUAUGAGUUGCCUUUUCAUUUUGUUUCAUUUUUCUGGAAAGAACUUAUCAAACCAAAGGAGAAGUCACACCAUAACCAAACUAAUAAUUUCAGGGUAUUUUUGGAUUAGCAGCCUUAGUUUGUAUGUACCACAUUGAGAUCAACAGAAUCAACAGCCUUACUAUAUAAGGAACUCUUAUAAAUAAGAAAAAAUGCACUAAUAGAAAAAUGGGCAAAGGGCAUGGAAACGGAAAAACACAAGUGAUCAAUAAAAGUAAGAGUAUGAAUACAUAUGAGUAAGUUAAACUGAAAAAAAUUUUUUUACCGUAGCCACUUGGCAAAGCAGGUUUUUUUGUUUGUUUUUUG